AUGUUGUCGCUUAGCAUCAAAUUUUACAGCAUAAAAACAAAUAUAAUUAUUCGUCCGUACUCCUCCGAGCCUGAGCUCUCCAAUCGCUGCAACGCCUCAGUAGCCACCGUCGCGAAGCUAGGGUUUUUCUUGAUCGUCUCCUUCCCGGCGGUUUCAGAGCUCAAACCACCAAAAGGCGGUUCUGGAGAAUUGCUGGACUGUUCUUACAAUGGUCUCGUUUCAAAGAUGGUAAUCAAGAUCGCUGAGGAUACUCUAAAGAUCCGUUGA